AUGUCGACACCAACCCUCCUCUCAAAGCCAGUUGGCCCGAUUGGGUACGGGCUCAUGGGCCUGACAUGGCGGCCAUCACCCCAAAGCGCCGAGGAAAGCUUCGCCGCCAUGUCAACGGCACUCGAAAUGGGCGCCAACUUCUGGAACGGCGGCGAGCUCUACGGCACGGUCGAACGCCACUCGUGCCACCUGUUGAACGAGUACUUCACCUCCAACCCCACGCACGCGGACAAGAUCGUGCUAAGCAUCAAAGGCGGCACCCUCCCAGGCCAACUGGUCCCGGACGGCUCGCGGGCCAACGUGAGGCGCAGCGUCGAGGAUUGUUUGAAGAUCCUGGACGGGAAGAAGAGCAUCGACAUCUUCGAGUGCGCACGCAUCGAUCCCAACACGCCCGUCGAGGUGACGAUCAAGGCGCUGGCGGAGUUGGUCCAGGAGGGCAAGAUUGGCGGCAUCGGCCUGUCUGAGGUCAAAGCCAGCACCAUCGAGGCCGCGCACGCCAUCCACCCCAUCGCCGCCGUCGAGGUCGAACUCUCCCUGUGGGCGACCGACAUCCUCGGCAACGGCGUCGCCGCCACAUGCGGCAAGCUCGGGAUUCCCAUCGCCGCAUACAGUCCACUCGUGCGGGGCGCAAUCUUGGGCGGCAUCCGCAAGAACGCAGACAUCCCGGAGUCCGACUUCCGGAGGUUCCUGCCCAAGUUCCAGGACGAUGUGCUCGAGCACAACAACCGGAUCACCGACGAGGUGCAGAAGCUGGCCGACAAGAAGGGCGUCACUGUCGCGCAGGUCGCGAUCGCGUGGGUCAGCGGCUUGAGCGGCCGUACGAUUGCGCUCGCCAACGGCGAGUCCCUUACUCUCGGCACCAUCAUCCCCAUCCCCGGCGCCACCAGGCCCGACCGCGUCGUCGAGAAUACCGCGAGUGCGGACGUACAUCUCACCGACGACGAGUAUCAGGAGAUCGCCGAGCUUCUGAAGAAAAACCCCGUCAAGGGCGAGCGCUAUCCUGCGCAGAUGAUGCAUCUUGCUGAGGGGUAG